AUGGGCUUCUACAUCAGGACAGGCAUGGUUGCUGACUCGGGGGGCCAAGGCACUGUGCUUUGCGCGUACGGAGUUCUUGGGUUUUUGGCCUUUGCGGUCCUCCAAGAUCAAGCGAGACUUCUGCACGUGUGGCCCAUUCGAGGCGCCUUGGUGGCUUUCGUUGAAGACUUUGUCGACAAGGAACUCGGGCAAACUGUUGGCAUUCUGUACUGGCUGACUUAUUGCCUGUCAUUUGCUGCCUUGACGGCUACUGCUGCGGAGCUGCUUGAUUCGUUUGAAAUUCCGCAUUCGUUAACGAUCACACUCUCUGUUGUAUCUGUUGUUGUUCCCUUCCUGGCGAACCUGACAGACAUUCGGUACCUCAAGGAAUUUGAGUUUGGAUGUGGACUACUAAAAUUGGUACUGGCUGUUACCUUCAACACGACCAUGAUGAUCAUCAAUCCGAAGGUGAACACUGUAGGCAAAGAAAAGAGGGACUCGGUCUUCCUCCAAACAGGUCAUUGGUGGAUUGAAGAUGUCUGUGUUGCCGUGUUUGUUUCGGCAUUCGCCUUUGUCGGAAUAGAAGCUAUUGCAGCAACAGCCACUGAAGUCGACUUCAGCAGAUACCCCAGCCGUGAGGCUGCCUCUGACCACGUCGAAAGUAACUCUACAAACUCAACUUCUACAGACGACGAUUUCUUUGACACCAAAAAUCUGCAACUAGAUAGAAGCCCAUUUAGCGGACCUGCCUGGCUUGUGCCACUUACCACUACACUGAUAUACCUCUGGGGAGGAUGGAUUGUCACCGAAAAUGUUGUUCCAAACCAGAGCACCACUACACAGGUCUCAAUCAAUAAUGUGCAGACUACAGGCAGUGUUCAGAACCUGAAUCUUAGCGCCAUCGAACCGGGGAUCUCACCUUUUGUCACCGCAGCUUCAUCUCUCGACUCUCUCAAAGGUCUCGACACAGUGCUCAAAGCCCUGUUGACCUUAAAUGUGGUCUUGACGUCCAGUACUGCUCUCUACAUUGCAAGUCGUACACUGUAUACGAUUGGGAUGAGACAUUCAGGCCAAUACCUCGGUACUGCACCCGACAAAAACUCCAGCCUCAUUCAGAAGUUUCCACAAUUGCUUAUUUGGAAGAACAAGUUCCAAGUUCCGCAUAUGGCGGUAAUUCUGUCUAUCUUACUGCCAGUCCCAAUUUCUUUUGUAAGAUAUAGGUGGGAGGGCGCUAUUGAAAAGGUAACUUGGUUCUCAACUUCCAUAUAUACGAGAUGUGCUUCUCACAAUCACACAGGCGAUUACUUGGACCUCAAAUGCGGGGUCUAUAUGCUGUAUCUUGGUCUGGGGCUGUGA